AUGAUCGACGACUGGCUAAACUUCAACAGCCACGUCAAAUAUGCCUAUGAGAAGGCUUCGAAGGCCAUCAGCGCGAUAGCUAGAAUCAUGCCGAAGAACGCUGGUCCCAGCACACUGGAAACGAAGCAGAACCAAAGGAAACUGAGCAGUACGUUCUGGCUCAUGUCCAUGCGAGUCGUGAGUGCGUACCGAACCAUCUCGUCGGAAGCAGUAUGCGUUAUCGCCGGAACGAUCCCUAUCGGCAUCACCUUGGCGGAGGACACCGAGUGCUACAGACGGAGAGAAGCCGGAAGAGUACGGAAAGUUGUGAUAGUGGAGUCAUUAGCUAAGUGGCAACAGGAGUGGAACACGAUGGAGAACGGAAACACGGAGAAGUCAACUUCCACCUAA